GGCGGUCGUUAUCUGACCGCCGCGGGCACAUGUCGAUGGCUGUUCGAUCGAAUCGGUUGCUCAGCGGUUCCCGGAUACCGCUGCUCUUGCUCCUGGUCCUUCUAGCCGGCACACUUCUCAUCGUCCACCGUGUCUCCCGCUCACCGAUCCUCAAUCAGUACACGAUCCUGCGCGACCAUCUGGAGCAACAUCCAUCCACCGGCUCCAAUUCACGCACCAUUCUCAUUUGGAAUGAAUUCUUCGGGGAUCCACGCUGGAAACUAUCCUGGGACACUCUGGGUCCGCAGGAGCUGCACGAUGAACUCCGGUGUCCAGUCUACACCUGUGAGUUGAGCAACAAACACGACUAUCUGCCCAGUGUGGACAUGUACGAUGCCAUUGUCUUCCAUGCCGCCGAAAUGUAUCCCAUUCUUAAAUCCAUUCCUUCGCAACGGAGUCCCCACCAAGCCUAUGUCUUUGCUUUGAUGGAACCACCCGGCGAGACGAAGCAUCGGCUGGACGAUGAGGUUGGUUUCUACAACCUAACGAUGACCUAUCGCCUGGAUUCGGACAUUGUGUGGCCCUACGGUCAGUUGGUGGACACGGAAACGGAUCUGGUGGUGGCUCCCAGUUCGAAUCCUCACUGGAGGAAACCCCCAACUGGCUAUAAUAAAUCGGAAAUUUGGAAUCUCUGGCCUGGAAAGACGAAGACGGCUGCCUGGUUUGUUUCCCAUUGCCAGACACUGUCCAAGAGGGAGGUCCUGGCGGAGAAACUGAAGGAAUUCUUUACGGUAGAUAUUUAUGGAAAAUGUGGAACCCUCAGUUGCGCUCGCGGAGAUCCUUAUUGUGAUGAGAUGCUGGACACGGACUACCUCUUCUAUUUGGCCUUUGAGAACUCCAUUUGCGAUGACUACGUUACGGAGAAGUUGUACUCUGCUCUACGGCGUAACAUUAUACCCGUGGUGUUUGGUGGAGCGGAUUACUCCAGAAUACUGCCACCACACUCGUAUAUCGAUGCCAAUCAGUUCGAGACUGUGGCCGACUUGGCCCUCCAUAUGAACUAUGUGGGCGGGGAUCCGGCCGAGUAUGUUAGCUACUUUUGGUGGCGGGAACACUAUAGUUUGGCCAGCAAAUCACCAUUCUGUGACCUCUGCGCCCGCCUGCAUGACCCCGCCUUUAAGUACAAGUCACAGGUGUACGGUGACAUACAGUCCUGGUGGUUCAACAGUUGUCGACUGAAGAGUGGCAUUCAAUUGUGAAAGAAUUUCUCCAUUCGAAAUGGAAAGAGACAGCUUUAUGGACAGACCACCAAACCGAAUGAAAUGGCCUGUGACGGGGGAAAUAGUCUGCAAUUUCUCUCUAACCGGGGAUUUGGUUUGUUUUCGUUUCCGUGGGAUUACAUAUAUACCUAGGUCCCCACCUAGGUGACAUGUCAAAUUGACAACCAAUCCCCGAUAUUUGUGUUAAGUAUGCGCCGAUAAGAUAGUGCCGCCCAAACCCAUUGUGUAUAUACGUUUAAUUUGGUCUAAUGUGUUGCCGUGACUCACAUGGCCGGCUCUUAAUUACGAUCUUUAUCACCAAAAAAUAUAAGUCACAACAAAUACAAGAACACACACACCUGUUAGUCAGUUUUAUCGGAAAGGGCCUGGAUACAGGGCAAUCAUUCACCUCUGACAUAAAAUCAAAUAUAAGUUAUCUAUUGUAUAUUUAAGGCUUAGGAAUAAGUAUACAUUUAUUAUAAAACGUAUGAAACUAAAUAGUGCCUUUAAUUUAA